ACCUACUUAGUAUGGCAUUUGAAUUGGUUGUUGUCGUAUGACUUUUUGGAAUGGUUUUACCUCGUCCCCAGUAUUCCGGAGGCAAAGCACACGAUCCGUUCCGAAACCAAGAUGCACUUCCGCGGAAGGUUUUUUUUCGCCCUGACUAUAAAAUUCGGGUAUGAGGAUGCAGAGGUGAGUUCAAAAUGGUAUAGUAAGCAUCAUUAGAUCUUUAUAUCGAGUCGUAGCAGACAUCAAUCAAGUCAAUUCCCAAUUUCACUGUUCAGUCAUAUUCUUCCUCCAUUAUGUCUCUCAGUCCCGAACAAAUCACCAUCAUCAAGGCAACCGUCCCCGUUCUGGCCGAACAUGGCAAAACUGUGACGAGCCUUUUCUAUAAAAACGUUCUCAACGAUAACCCUGCCCUCCGCAACAUCUUCAGCCACACUCAUCAAGAAAGCGGCCACCAAGCCGCCGCUCUCGCCCGCUCCCUCUACCUCUACGCCUCCCACAUCGAAGAUCUUUCCGCGUUGAAAGACCUUGUCGAGCUCGUCGCCCAUAAGCAUGCCUCCCUCUACGUGCUCCCCGAGCAUUACCCCAUCGUGGGCAAGUACCUCCUGGCUGCACUGAAGACCACCCUCGGCGAUGCAUGCACCCCGGAAAUCCUCGACGCAUGGGGUGCGGCAUACCAGCAGCUCGCCGACAUCUUGAUCGGGCGGGAGUCCCAGCUGUACAACACCACCGCGGGCUGGACCGAUUGGCGAUCCUUCCGCAUCACGAAGAAGGUCCCGGAAAGCGAGCAGAUCACCUCAUUCUACCUCGAGCCCGUCGACAAGGCGCACCUGCCGCUGCCGGCGCAUCGACCGGGCCAGUACAUCGGGCUCCGCACCGAAGUGGCCGAGCUGGGCGUCCUCCAACCUCGACAGUACUCGCUUAGCGACAUGCAUCAUCCGGAUCAUUUCCGCAUCAGCGUGAAGAAGGAAUUGGCCCUAGAUCCUUCGCAGACCGACCUGCGGUCCCAUCCUGGGUUCGUGUCGAAUAUUCUCCAUGACGAGAAGAAGGAGGGCGAUGAGGUGAUGGUGUCGCAUCCUUACGGCGACUUCUACCUAGAUGCGGAUCAGGAAGCUGCCGCGUCGCCGCUGGUGCUGCUCUCUGCUGGCGUCGGCCUCACUCCGAUGGUGGCCAUUCUGAACGCACUGAACAGUCGAUCAUCAACGCGGCCCGUGUCAUUUAUCCACGGAGCACACACCUCCAAGAUCCGGGCGUUCGGCGAUCACGUCCAGAACACGGCGAAGAGCAUGGACAACGUCAAUGUCGUAUUCUUCAAUAGCACCGUGAGCGAGGACGAUAAGCAGGGCGAGCAUUAUGACCAUAUUGGACGGGCGGAUCUCAAGAAAUUAGAUGAGAAGAAGCAUCUGUUCUUGGAUGAUAAGAGCACCCAUUACUUUGUUUGCGGACCAAGCAGCUUCAUGACGGACAUGGAUACCGCGCUGAAGCAAUAUGGAGUCGACUCGGAGAGAGUUCACCUGGAGCGUUUUGGUACCGGUGGGAUCGACAGGGCUGUUUAAGUGAGGUACGCUACCUCGGGGGUGUUCUGGUUCGGGUGUUGCUCAGCUAGCGGAGCGGUCUUAUUGUGAUUGGAAAGGCGUAAUGUUUGCCAUGGGCUGAUUGGGAUUGGUUCUUCACUCCCGCAACGUGUAAAUAUAUCUCUAUUAUAAUUACUAUCUAUGACAUACCGACCGUCUUAUCACUAUUGACUGGUCUUGUCUUCACAUCGAUUCGCUUCAUCUCAGAAUUCACGUGAACACAGACAACCGCAUCCAUUUGGUCAGUGGGCAU